CGGAGGGGGCUGGUGACGAAGUGACAGUGACGUGAAGACGAGUGACGAAGCCGGUAAACCUUCUCCAGCUGGAAUAAACAGAUCUUCAUAUAAUUGUAUAGCAGAUGGUGGACAGGUUGGAUGCCCAGGAAGGAGGACAGACGGAGAUUAAACAGGAGUCUGCAAUUCAGGCGGUUGUUGCGGCUCAACGUGAACUGAACCACCAUCAGCUGGAUAGGGAGGAGGAGGAGCUUAUUAGGAGGAGGCGAGGGGAUCCAAGGCACCUUGUUCGAAGACCCAGCUAUAGGAAAAUAUUAACAGAACUAGGAGGCCAUCAUAAUAUGAUAAACGAGGACCGCGAGCAGUCUGAGAACGAUUCUGGGACUAGCGAGGAUACUCAAGGACCGGAGGAUCGACUAAAUGGAUCUCUAUCUGAAAGACUAGACGGACAGGAUAGACAAGCUUUUCAAAACCAUCUGCAUCAACAGCUUCGAGUGGUUCCUACCGGAGCCCUACUAGGUAGUGGUGGUAGUAUGAGUAUUGGAACCCUUCAUGAUUCUCAUAUGAACACCCAAGGAUCCAUGCAGUACUCACCCUCUUCAGAAAACGGAGGAUUUUAUGGGAAUUCUGGUCUUGGUUCUUUGGGUAAUCCUGACGAAACAACCAGAUAUACAUCCAGGAAAAGGGAAAUAAGACUAUUGAAGAACCGUGAAGCUGCCAGGGAAUGUAGAAGAAAGAAAAAAGAAUAUAUCAAAUGUUUAGAGAACAGGGUGGCAGUAUUGGAGAACCAAAACAAAGCUUUAAUAGAGGAACUAAAGUCUCUGAAAGAACUCUACACAGGAGGGAAGUUGACAUGAAAAAGAUGAAUUGCCAGAUUCGAGGAUUAAAAAUUAAAAAAUCAAGUGAUAAAAAUGUAACACUAGUCCGCAGACUAAAGGACUCAUUUUUAACUGUUUAAAAAUUCGGACAAUGUUUAGGUUACAGUUUAGAUUUUUGUACAAUGCACACGCCUUUGUCAUUUUGUUCUGACCUGGUUUCCUUUUUUCGUACAAGUCAAGCGAAAAGACGACAAAAAUGGAAUUAUUGAUAUUGCACAGUUUUGCAAUGAUGUUGUUCUCAAAUUAUUGUGAUAAAAACAACGAUAAUAUUUUAAAAGAUAUUUUCCUUAAAAUUAGCGAUUAAGAAAUGAAUUAAAGCAAAUUUCGAUGGAUACAAAAUUGUACAAACAGGAAAGGAAUUAACCGUGAUAAUUAUGAUUUAUAAAUUCAGCUACAGGAAGUCCCACGAAACAUGACAGUUGGUGAAUGUCUUCUUCCAUAUAUU